AUGUCAUCAACGCCAGCAACGCCUCGCAGGCCUGGGACCCCCGGCACUUCCAGCAAAUCAUCAUCCGCAGAUCCGCACUCAAAGGAUGGGUCCACCACACGAGGACAUGCACGCUCGCCCAGCGCCGCAACAAACGGACUUAACCGCUCCCCCUCCCUAAGAGGUUCUACUCCCGUAUCUGCGCGCGCGGCUGCAAGAAAACCUGGCCGCUCCAACCUCAGCAUGUCGAACGUUCCACGAGUCUCCAAUGACCCCUCCGAGGAGGAGGCGCGGGCCCAGAAUGCCGCCCUUAUUGUGGAAUUGCGGGAGCAGCUUCAGAAGGCUGAAACUGCAUCGGAACAAUUCCAAAAACAACUAGGUGUUCUGCAAAUGCGCCUCGAUGAAGCAAUCAGUGAACAAAGCAAGUUGGAGGAUCAGGCUCACGAGCGAGACAGUCGGAUUGAGGCUCUCAACAGCGAGGUUCGGGACCAGGCUCGUCAAAUCAGAGACUUGGAACAAAAUCACGAGGCGGAGCGGAAUGCUAUGCUCCAAGAGAAAGAACAGCAGACUAGCCGGGAGGAAGAAAUGCAGGCGACAAUCCAACGUUUGAAGGACUCGAUGGCGCAGAAGGACCUGCGCAUGAACGCGGAAGGAGAUCGCCAGGUUUCCCGAUCUUGUAAGGCCCUCACACCCCAGACAGUGUUCAUUACUUUCAUUAAUACUGACACCCAUAAAGCCAGCUUCCGCAAUCGAGCAUCCCCGGAUUUGGACGGUCAAUUUGCGCCCUCUUCGCACCUCGAGCGGAGCCCGUCCCGCAACAACUCUACCCUCCUCCUCCAAAAAGACAAACUCAUCGAAUCAUUACGGCUCGAACUGGCCGAAUCACAGAUAAAACUUGUUGAGAUGGAAAAUUCCGGUGGCGGACGUCAGCGAGAACUAGAGAAAGACUUGCUCGAGACUCGCAUGGCCAAUGCUCGGCUUAUGGAAGAUAAUGAAAGCUACCAGCUUCUUCUCAGCGAGAAGACACUGACUGGUGACUUUGCCAAGGGCGACUUUAUGCGAGAUGCUAAUCCGACAAAGGAGCCGGCGAGUGGCCUAGGGUCUUUGGCGGACGAGCUUGAAUCUGUGGAUGAGGCCCCUGAAACCGAAUCUGUUAACCCAUCGGAGGGAGAGCUCAAGGCGUUGAAAGAUCAGAACAAAGCCUUGACUCUUUAUAUCGAGCGCAUCAUCAGCAGGCUACUCAUGCAUGACGGGUUUGAGCAUAUUCUGGACCGAAAUGAGGACGAUGAGACUUCUACCACGAAAGCCCGUGGUAAUGAGAAGGACCUUCCCCCGACUCCACCAGAGAAAGAUGACACUGGGGGCCAGGGCUUUUUACAGCGAGCCAAGUCCGUUGUUGCUGGCCCGAUGUCGCGUCCUUCAACUCAGCCUCGCUCACGCCCAACCAGCAUGAUGCCCCCACCGCCACUGUCACAGAAUGAGAAUCCCAACACUGCGCCAAGCAUCCCGUUCCGCACGCAGUCUAUCAGGGCUAGUCACCGCCGCAGCCGCUCUGAACAAGUCGACCCGAGUGCAGCGAGCGUCGUUGGUCACAUGUACCGCGGACGGAACUCGGGCGGUCCCAUCAGCCCGACUGCCGUAGGCCCUGGAUCGCGGCAGAGCAUGUUCUCCGGAGCAGCAAGCUAUAUCUCCAGCAUGAGCCGGGCACCUUCUCUAUCCAGCCAACCGGAGCGGGCGGGCCGCAGCAGCUCUCCUAGCAUCACGAGCGAUCCUCAUGGAGACACUGCCUCUACCGGAGCCACCUCCAGCCCUCCUCGCUCUAACAGCGGUAUGAACAACUACACUGGAGCCGUGAUGCAACAGGACAAGUUGCGCCCUCUGCGUCUGGUCAGUGAAACUGCCAGAAUCAAGGAGGAGGAGGAAGCGGCACGCAAGAAGGAAAACCGCGCGAGCUGGAUUCCAUGGUUAAACCGCGCCAACCCGGACAAAGCGCCGCAGUAG